UCCCCGCCCGGCGUUUUCCCGUUUCCACCGUGCAAUGACGUUUCGCUAUUAGGCGCAGAUGGACGUAUGGUGAUCGCGCGUGCGUGGAUUUCAGUGCGAGCCGAAUCGCGUAAUGAAUAAAUGAUACAGACAUUGCUUUUUCAGUAGUGCUGUGCUGUGUAUGACUGACGUUUUAGAUGGGGUUUGAUAAAUAGACGUUGCUAUGACGAUGCUUGCUAUGGCACGAGGUUCUGACGAGAGAAGAGAAGACGAUAUAGAGGCAGAAGGAGAAGCGAACGGCGAGGUGGAUGUUGUUGGGGUCGAAGAGGCCGCGCCUGUGGAUCUUACGAGACGUUUGGGGUUAACAAGGCCCCCUGAAAGGCCUGCAAUAGCAUUUUCUGUAGAAAAUAUAUUAGAUCCGACCAAGUUCACAGGUCGAUCUGAGGUUCCUUUGAGAUACGACGAGACAUAUUGGAGACCGCAUUAUGAUAGGGACGACAGUGAUUCUGUCAAAGACCACCUACAAUCCGACAUCGAAGCCGACGAUGUCGAGACGGACGACCAGACAUCCACCAUGGAUGAUGACAUCCUCACCCAAUCAGACCUUGACGAGAACGGAGACCCGAAGAGUCCUAGCAGUUCCAAAAAGGGCAAAAGUUCUCGUGACUCAAAGGGUGGUACUAAACCACGGCGAGCAAGAACAGCGUUUACCUAUGAGCAGCUGGUUUCUUUGGAGAAUAAGUUUAAGACGACAAGAUAUUUGUCGGUGUGCGAAAGGCUUAAUCUUGCUUUAAGCCUUAGUUUGACGGAAACACAGGUCAAAAUAUGGUUUCAAAACCGACGCACAAAGUGGAAAAAGCAAAACCCUGGUAUGGACGUCAACAGCCCCACAGUUCCACCCCCGGCAGGAGGGUUCCCGUCAGGGCCCUAUCCAGGAGGCCUUCUCUACUCCCACGGCGUGCCCUAUCCCUUCACAGGUCCGGGCCCCUACGCGCCAUAUUUCCACCACCUGGCUGCGAACCACCACCACUCUCACGGAUCCUUGGGUCAUUCCCACACGUGAUUAUGGCAGCGGCCAGGGUCCCAGGACCCGAGGGUCGAGAAGGAAACCGAAUGUGGACUAUCAAAUUGAACUCAAGGAAAUUUGAAAAUGUGAAUAGACGUUUUACAGUUCGCGCCUUGAUAUGACGAAUGUGAUGCCAAUACUGCAAAUUUUAGUAAUUGGGUCAUAAUUCAAAGCAUUUGUAGCGAACAACUGGGUUGUAGGAUUUGUAUGAACAGCCUAAUAUAUGUUUUUACUUUUAUUUUGACUUAUGGCAUAUGCUGUUCGUAAUUGUAUUGGUGAUUACGUUUAUUAGAUGUCGUUCAGUUAAAGAUGACCUUGUAAGAAACCAAAAAUGUGAAUUUAAUUAAAAUGUUUAUUUAGUGCAAUUUAGCGUAAGUGAAUUAUGAAUCGGAUGUGAUAUGGUAACAUAAGAUUUGUAAUUAAGAUUUCAUUUUGUAGUUUACGACGAUAAUAUAUCAAAUAUCAUAUGUAUGAUUCCGUAAUAUGGCUUAUUGAAAGUAUUAUAUUCAUGAAUGCAGCUGCAAAAAUUAUUUACCGUCCAUAUUGCAAGCAUUACCAGUGAUUGAAAUGUAUUGAAAUAAAAAGUUACUUUAAUCAAAUGUACCUUUUUAUAUUUAAGCUCAGUGUAAAUUAUGUCAUAUAAGCAAUGUUCUGAGCAUCUACAAUUAGCUUUGUUCGAAUAUAAUAAACGCAUCAUGUACGGAAGACAACGCUACAAUAAUAUUUUAGAUACUUGCUAAUCUAUAUAUCUAUAUGCUAAUGGCACUAAAACCUGGUCUGGCUUCAGAUUUCUGUAUCUGUCUGAUAGGCAAGUAGGUGAUCAAAAUUCUAGUGUCAAGUGCCUAACACAUCGACUUUUUGGGUCUAAAGCCGGUUUCCUCACACUGUUUUCCUUUACCGUACGAGCGAGUGCAAAAUGCACACAAAGACAGAAAGUCCAGUCGGAAAUCGAACCUACAACCUCGGAAAGAGAGUCGUACUUCGAAGCCAUAUUUGUAAAUUAAAACAAAAGAACAACUCAUUCAGAACUCUAUAAACAGAGGAUUCUUGAAUAUUGCGAUCUGAUUGUUUAAUUUAAAUAUUAAUUAGAUUAUCACCAUUGUUAUCUUGUCUCAUUUUUUCAAACGUCAAAACGUUGCAUCUGGUCCUCAUCCUGGUUGCUUCAUGAUUACCUCAACAUUAUCUUUCCAACAAAUGUAUAUCUUACCAUUGUGUGUCAAAUUUGGUUACGUUUGUCCAAACUUGGCUGAUGCCUUGCGGUACUUUGACGAAUGCUUUUCGACAGACUCGUAUUUGUAAAUUCAAUAAGAAAUAUCAUUCAAUAACAAACAAUGUAUAUCUUGAAAAGAGGUGCGCAAAAGCCUUUCUUAAUUUACCUUCAUUCGCGAUCUUGCGCAAUCUUGCCAAGUAGAGAUACCGUUAAUACGUAUCAUUUCUAAAACAUUGUUAAUUUUGUUGUAACCAAAGUCAAAGAAUCUCUUAACGCAAGCUCACCACGUAAUCUAGCGAUUCCGAUUGUAAUUUUAAGUCUUCUACGUUCUACGAAGGUUCUUUCUACGGAUGUGCCAAAGUUAGUUUAAUGUUACAAUCUGAAAUGGCUAUUGUAAUGUCGUGGUAAGCUUGCUGAUAUAUUUUGUAAAUAGUAAUUUUAAUUAAUAUUGUAAGGUUUUUUCUCAAAUUCUAUGUAUAGUGUGUAAAUAAUUAUUGUAUCCUAUGCCUAUUUUAAUUUAAGUUAUACAAGUGGAUGCUCAAUGCUGUAAAUAUUAGCCAGUGAAGAUAAUAUAAGGUCGAUGUUGAUAUUAAAUAGUUUCCAAGUU